UGUGUGUGUGUGUGUGUGUGUGUGUGUGUGUGUGUGUGUUUGUCGUGAUCUGAAGCACGCUUUUACUCAAUCCUAUACUGUAAGCUGCAUGUCAGGAGUUCCGCCCUUUGCACAGAUGUUCCAGCUGUAGAGCUAAAAGCGUGAAUGUGUUGUGACUGUACAGUAUCUGCUCCACAUCUGGAGUCACACAUCUGUGUGUGAGAAUUAUUUGCAGGAAUUUUCUAAUGAGUGCUGUAAUGCCUCUCUGUGUAAGUACAGUACAGUAGUAGCUACAGUGCCGCAUGCGUGUAAGUGAAACCAUAUGCCACGGGGACGAGCUCUGGACAGCGUGUUGUAUGGAUGAGAGAAGCAUUCUGCCGGUUCAACCUGUGUCUAAUUACCAUGACGCAUACAGUAUUCACAGACGCGGGAUUUUUAUGACGUAAGGUAAAUACCGGAGCGUGUUAAAAGAUGAGCUCAUGCAGCAGCAGGGCUCUCACUCUGCUCUCCACCGUGUUUGGGGCGUGCGGACUGCUGUUGGUUGGGGUUGCCGUGGCAACCGAUUAUUGGCUGCUAAUGGAGGAGGGCAUCGUGCUGCAGCAGAACCAAACCAUCGACGUCAAGAUGGCAUUGCACUCUGGCCUCUGGAGGGUGUGCUUCAUAGCAGGUUCAGAGAAAGGAAAAUGUGUGGCCUCUGAGUAUUUCACUGAGCCAGAGAUAGAGAUCACAACAGAAAACACGGCAAAUAUUCUCAAAAUGGUGCGGACAGCUACGCCUUUCCCUAUGGUGUCUUUGCUCUUUGUGUUCACUGCCUUCAUCCUUAGCAACGUGGGCCAUAUUCGCCCACAGCGCACCAUCUUGGCAUUUGUUUCCGGAAUCUUCUUCAUCCUGUCAGGUCUAAGUCUAGUGGUGGGAUUGGUGCUCUAUAUUUCCAGUAUAAACGAUGAGGUGAUGAACAGGCCUAGAGAACCGGAGCACUUCUUUAACUAUCAUUAUGGCUGGUCCUUUGCGUUUGCUGCCAGCUCCUUCCUCCUCAAAGAGGGUGCGGGUGUGAUGUCUGUGUAUCUCUUCAUGAAGCGUUACACUGAAGAGGAGAUGUAUCGGCCUCACCCAGCACUCUACCGCCCCCGUCUGUCUGAGAGCAGUGACUACAGUGGUCAGUUCCUGCAGCCUGACACGUGGCCGCCUCACCAACGUGCUCGCAGUGCCUCUGAGCUCUCCAGUGAUGUGUCCAUUCAGCUAGCACAGGCCCAGCAGCCUCCAGCCAAACUCAUCGCCCAGCACAGCGUGUCAGCACCCAGCGCCACAGCUGCCUCCAGCCCCGAGUCUGCAGUUGCAUUCCAGCUUCAGUCACCCUCACACUUUAGCCACAACCACCCUCUCCACCCCACAGAGUCCCAGAGCCUGCCCCUGUCCAUGCCACCACCUGCCGUGCCACCCCCUCAUUACCACACACACAUGCGCAUGAGCGCCUCGCCAUGUUAGAGGCAUUUCCAUCCACCUGUAUUUCUACAAAUUUUUAAUUUAAGCAUAAAUUGAAACAAAACACUGAUUUGCAUUUUUUUUUGCUGAUUUUUUGAAAAUUUGCUUAACAUUUGCGAGACAUUUGGAUGGAAACAGACCUAGAGAGAGAGAGAGAGAGAGAUUAUCUACAGUGUGUUAUGGUUUGAAAGAGUGUAAAAGAGCAAACUUGAUCUUGAGAGUAGUGUGAAAUAAGCUAGGUUAAGAGUUAUCUUAACAAAAAUGUUAAGAUAUGAACAUUGUAAUGGAAUAGUAACCAUUUUGUUACAUGGUGUUAUACAGGGAGAUUUAUUGCACAAGCAAUGUACAAUGCAAAACACUUCCAUUAUAACACACAUUGUUGUAUACUUACAUAUGUAGUGCACAAAGACAGUAAUUAUUGCCUUCAGUUUUACUAGUGAUAUUGAAAAUGUAUUAUUUUCAUCACUCUCUCAAAGUAUCAGUAUUAGCGUUAUUAUCAUGAAGACGUAUUUAAGCUUACUUGUUGCCAGGGAAAAUAUGUAAAAUAGGUAUAUUAUUUCUACUUUGAAUAUGAGAUAUUCCAGACUGAUGAUUUUUAUGAUGUAAAUAAUAUGUGUAAUUUUAACUGGUAUGGGAAAAUAUUAAGACCUGCACAACUGAGUGGGGAACUGUUAUAUACAUUGAAAAUUAAACUGACUGGAAAAACAACUUUGCUUAAAGUCCCAGUAGGGGCUUUUUGAGUAUUGGUUCUUUUGCUAGCUUUUCAAGUUGCAGUAUGUACUUUUCCCCCCUAUUUUAGUGCAUAUUAGUAGUGGAAGCCAUCUUACAUUCAAAUGGAUUUUAUCAUUUUUGUCCCUUAAUAGGUAUCUCAUUCUAAUGCAUCGGUAUUUGUGCACUUUAGCUUAAAAUCCUUUUGGGACUUUAAGAGUAGGGUUAUACUGCAAGUAUGCUGUUGCUUAUCAUGUGAAAGAGAUCCAGUAUUGAUUAUAACAUUUGUGGGCGUGAUGGUGGUUAUCAUUAGAAUAAAACCACUAUGUUGA